AUGAGCGAAGACGCUGAAGGCUCCCAUCGCGGGAAGAGAGAGCUGGAGUCCGAUGAGGUGGAGAGGCUGCAGAAGCGUGCGAGGCACCGGAGCGGAUCGCAGAACUGGAGCGCAGAUGUGACAGAUGAGCUAGUGAACUGCACGAUGGACCUGGUGGAAGAUAUGCUGGCGAAGGUCGAGGUCGAUGCGAACUUGAAGAAGAAGCCGCACACGCUCGUCCCCUACCUGUCGGAGGCUCUUGCCCACCUUGCGACAACCAAACCGGAUGAUCCUAUCAUCACCCUAGCUAAGCUUCUCACGGAGCGGGGGAUAAAACCGCAGUGGGUACAAGUCUUGGCCCUCGAACUUUCGAGGACAGAGGUGCUGGUGAUCUCAAGAUCGGUAUUCCAUCAUACCUGUGAAAAGCUCUCGACGACCCUCAAGGAGAACAUGAUCAAGUACAACGAGUUCGAGUACCUGAAGGAAGAGUUGAUGGAGGAGGAGGCCCAGCCCCUCUCUCGCGAAGCUUCUUCAGCGUUUGGACAGUCGGGAGGAGGGGAGGAGGAGACUAGAGGGGAGGUGGACGGGGACGAGGACUCUGAGAAGAUGUCCGAUGUGGACAAGGAUGGAGUGCAGAGCAACAUGUCAGAGGCUGUGAAAGCGAUGAACCUCGGGAGGAGGAGAGGAGGAGAGGAGGAGGAAGAGGAGGACGGCGCGGAGUCGAAGCAGCAGGAUGAGGAGUCUGCGCGGCUAGACCAGCUCAUGGGGAGCAUGAGAUGGUUGACGAGGGGCAGAAGGAAGGCAAAGGAGAUAAUCGCAAAGACCCUUGAGAAGAAAAGUUACUCGAGCGACGAGGUUUUGAUGCAGAAGGGAGGAGCAGCAGAGCACAUCUACUUCAUUGAGGAAGGAACCAUUGAAGUGUUUGACGAUGGAGAAACUCUGCGCAAGGAGCUGAAGAGGGGAGAGAGCUUCGGGGUGAGGGGAGUGGAGGCCGUGGAGCUUCUUUUCGGCCUUCCGACAAGUUUCACCAAGGCCGCUGGGGAGGCGAAGGAUCCAAGUCGAUGA